CGGCCCCCCCCCCCCCCCCAAAUCGAUGGCAUUCUUGGGUCCGUUCCGUGGACGCGGCGACGGUACUCGUGGCUUCGUGGCUUCGUGGCUGGGUAAACUGGAGUUAUGCUGUAGUGGUUAUGUAAGAUUCGGUAGGUAUCCGGUUGAUCCAUGCGUGCAAAGCCACUCGCUUUUCCCUCCUGUGUGAUCAACACCGCAAGUUGGCAUCAGAGCUCGCCAUGGCCCCCGUUCCCGCUUCUCCAGUCUUCUUUUCGGGUAAAAAGGUGGGUUGUGUUUGUUUCAUUUCACUUUCCGCGACCGGGAGGACCAGUAGAUACGUCAUCGGGUCCCUCCCCUGGUGAAGAAGAGAAACGUUUGCAAACCUCAAGAGAUAGUUGCUCGCGUUAUGUUUUUCUUUGGAAUACCAACGCACCACGAGUGCGUAUGUGUGUUAGUGUGUGUGUCGUUCAAGGUUUAGGGGCACGUUCCUUCUUGGCCCAUGCGCCGACUGCACUAAGCAUCAAGCACAGGCGCAAGCGCAAGCACUUGUCAACAAGACCCGGAAGCGGUCUCAAAUUCGCUUAUCCCGCACUGCCUCGCGCUUUUUUCAACGGCUCGAUGAGGGCAAUAACGUGGUGGGCGAGAGGCGAAGAAGCCUCCCCGCCGCCAACGGGGGAGGAGGGGGGGGGUAUUGUUUUUGAGCAGACUGGGAUUCUUGUCCCUCUUGGUUGGUCUCGUUCUCUGGUCUCGUUCUCUGGUCUCGUUCUCUCUGGGCUGAGGGAGGGACUUGUCUCAUGUCCGUGGAGUUGGCCCUUUAACGGGCGGAGGCAAGUAGUGGGCAAAAAAGUGACAGGUAAAAGGUGACACACGCACAAGGCUUGCCAGUCUGCAUGGUCUCGGGCUUACUGCGCAGCAACCAAAGGAAGCCGCGGCACCUCGGCGUUGGAUAAAACGUCGCCCUUCCUG